CCCAAUUCCCUCGCGCCUCCUUCUCCUAUUCCUUUCAUCUUCCAUCGACCUCAAGUCCUCAACAUCGAUUCUGGCAGAGGCUUUGAAUCUGGUAGAGAUCUUCAAUGGCGGUUGCAAAAAGGGUUGCAAGUUUUUUUCACUGCGGAUCUCAGCAAUUGCUCAGCAACCGUAGGGUGACUGCUUCUCGUAUUCACAACAUAUUGAAUCAGCCAUCACACCCACUCAUCAAAUCUCUUCACGGCUCACCACAGGCAAAAGUCCUUGGUGACGAAGUGAAUGAAGUAAAAGCUGCCUAUGCUGAACUGCAUAGUGAAAUUAAACAAUUCAGGAAGCAACGUACAGAGGAUUACUGGAAAAAUGCUGGUCGGGUUUUUGCCAAGAGAUUCAAAUAUCUGAUUCUUGGUUACUUGGUGUACAAGGUUGGGGGCAUUGUGAAGCAAACCUGAUGCCAGGAAGGAAGUUUGAAUCUUGGACCUUCUUGCCUUGCAGUUAUUACUCUACAGGUGCCCAGUUUGUUAUCAUUAACUUAACUUAGCCUCGUGUGUUUUAUACAUCAGUAUUUGUGUUUAAUUUUAAUAUGUAGAGGUGACUUUUUCCUGACAUAUGCUUUGUUGUUUUGAUUUGAUAACAAGGUUCUUUGUUACUCUCAGUACAUAUAUGUAUGUAUUUACUUAUAUGGAUGUUUUUACUAA